AUGGUUCAUGGCUUCCCCAUCGUUAUGAUGACUCUUGCUCGUCGCUUCCAUUACCAAUUGGUGAGACCCAAGGAGGGAGUACCCAAAGAUCUUUCGUACAUGAAGCGACAAAAACCGGUGGACCUCGUAACACUACAGCCAAGGUUCGACGAUCUGAAGUCCCUUGCGCGCUCCGACGCACCACCCGCUAAGCACAAAGAUGUUCACGAGGUGCAUCCACUUCUCUGCGAUCGGAUCGAGGAUCUCGAGAAUAACAUGGGUGACGAAUAUGGCGGCUACAGCAACUGGGAGAGCCUGACACAGACGUUGAUGUGCAGACUCGUUCAAGAAGAGAUGUCUGGGGCUAACAGGUGUGAUCCAGAGUCAUUGCUGGGCGAAUGUGGAGCGUGUGAUCGAGGCGGUGUUUGCCUAGCAAGCAUACUGCUGCCGCGUAUCGGACAGGUAAACAUCAGUGCUGCAGCGGUGGAGGAAGGUGUUCAGGCAUACCGGAUAGGCUAG